GGACUGAAGAGCUCUUCAAACUGGCGACUAACAUCCUUGCUCACAAUGCCUCCCGAGAGUCCUUACUGCACAAAGUAUUCGCCCGAUUCAAACUGCAGGUCAAUCAGGACGGACACAUCCCUGUGAAAAACAUCAUCAAACUCUUCUCUGCUGAUAAGAAACGUGCUGAGAACGCUCUCGAUUCAUGUGGCCUCAACUUCAGUCGGCACGAGUCCAUCAGGCCAGAGGAUUUCACUCCCGAGAUUUUCCACUUCUUCCUGAGCAAGAUGUGUCUGAGGCCAGACAUUGACAAGAUCUUCGCUGAGCUGGGAGCCAAGGGAAAGCCCUACCUCACCCUCGAUCAGAUGGUGGACUUUAUCAACCUGAGACAGAGGGACCCCCGUCUCAAUGAGGUGCUCUACCCUCCCCUCAAAGCCCAGCAGGUGCAGCAGCUCAUCGUCAAGUACGAACCCAACAAGAACUUCGCCAACAAAGGCCAGAUCUCGCUGGACGGGUUCUCCCGCUACCUGAGUGGGGCUGAGAACAGCAUUGUCCCCCCCGAGAAGCUGGACGUGAGUGAUGACAUGACGCAGCCCAUCAGCCACUACUUCAUCAAUUCUUCACACAACACCUACCUCACCGCUGGACAGUUGGCCGGGAACUCCUCGGUGGAGAUGUACCGCCAAGUACUUCUGACCGGCUGCCGCUGUGUGGAGUUAGACUGCUGGAAGGGCAGACUCCCCGACGAGGAACCCUUCAUCACUCACGGGUUCACCAUGACAACCGAAAUCCCUUUCAAGGUAAACCCCCUGACGGAGGUGGCUGAUGGUGGGCACAGUCUGGCCAAUGGAGAAUACCGGGUGCCCAAGGAGCUGAAUGAGAUGAUGAGGAUCCCGAGGAAGUCCAUCGAUCGGGAUGUAGAGAGUGAUUUUGACGAGGAGGAGGAACAGGAUUUAAAAAAACAGUCCAGUUCGACAGAUGAGGGUACCGCCGGGAGUGAGGUGAAUGCCACAGAGGAAAUGUCGAAUCUGGUGAACUACGUGGAACCCGUGAAAUUCAAAACCUUCGAGGUAGCUUUCAAGAGGAACAAAUACUUUGAGAUGUCGUCCAUGGUGGAAACCAAGGGCCUAGAACAGCUGACCAAGUCCCCAGUCGAGUUUGUGGAAUACAACAAGAAGCAGCUCAGUCGGAUUUACCCCAAGGGCACGCGGGUUGACUCCUCCAACUACAUGCCCCAAGUCUUCUGGAACACGGGCUGCCAGAUGGUGGCUCUGAACUUCCAGACCCUCGAUCUUGCCAUGCAGCUGAACAUGGGUAUGUUUGAGUACAAUGGCCGGAGUGGGUACAUUUUGAAGCCCGAGUUCAUGAGGAGGAUGGACAAACAUUUCGACCCCUUCACGGAGAAUAUAGUGGAUGGUAUUGUCGCUAACACUGUCUCAAUCAAGAUAAUCUCAGGGCAGUUCCUAUCGGAUAAGAAAGUUGGGAUGUAUGUUGAGGUCGACAUGUUUGGCCUCCCAGUCGACACAAAAAGGAAAUUUCGCACAAAGACCCUGGUGAACUCACUGAACCCUGUGUGGGACGAUGAGCUGUUCGUAUUCAGAAAGGUUGUUCUGCCCACUCUGGCCUUGUUACGAAUUGCUGUGUUUGAGGAAGGUGGCAAGUUGGUGGGUCAUCGGGUUCUCCCCGUGUCUGCUAUCCGACCCGGUUACCACUAUAUCUGCCUGAGGAAUGAGCUGAAUCAGCCCCUUCUGCUGCCUGCUCUCUUUGUCCAUACGGAAGUGAAGGACUAUGUUCCUGAUACCCAUGCAGACUAUAUUGAAGCUCUGUAUAAUCCCAUCAAACAUGUGUGUCUCAUGGAGCAGCGAUCGAAGCAGCUGGUCUCUCUGACAGGGGACGAUGAGGCUCUACGUUUGGUGCGUCCGGAAUCUCCUAAGCCUUCGGAAGACACCAGGAAGAAGUCGGACAACUGCUCCACCACCCCAUUGGCACCCAGACCCUCCCUGACCCCCUCCAUCGGUGAAUCCAAUGCAGGAAACUCCCGCGCUCUGGAUGAUUUAAUCCCUCGUAUUUUAUCAGAGGUCACAGCGCAGCCAGUAGAGGAGCUGAAACAGCAGAAAGCCUAUGUGAAGCUGCAGAGGAAACAGCACAAGGAGCUGAGAGAUUUGAAGAGGAGACAUCUGAAGAAGAUCUCGGCCCUGAGCAAGGAGCUGGAGAGCAAACUGGCUGAGUUUCAGAGCGACAAUCACCGUCAUAAAUCACUGCUCACCAGGGCCAUCAGAACAGGCAGCAAGAGGAUCUUGUCCCAGGGCGUGGAUCCUACAGCCAGACAGCUGGUGCUGCUGGAGAAAGAGGCGUCCCAGAAACAGGCGGAACUGAGAGAGUGGCAAAUGAGACAGCUCCUGGAAAUGAGGGAGGCUCAGCACCAGAUCGAGAAGGUCAAGAAACAGGACCACCUCCAGCAGUUGCAGGUGAAGUUGAAGGAGGUGACACUGGAGGGUCAGGCCAGUCAGUUGAAGAAACUGCGAGAGCAGUGCGACAGAGAGAAGAAAGAGCUGAAGAAAUGUCUGGACCGGAAACGACAGGACCAGAUCAGCGAGGUUAAGUUAAAGGAUAAGAGAGCUGAACUGACUGAGAUUAAUCGACGCCACAUCAGUAAAGUUGUCAGUUUGAUCAAGCGGCUGGAGAAUGGACAGUUGAAACGUCAGGAGCGUCUGGUCCUGAAACAUCGUGAAAUCAUCAAGCAGAUCGAUGACCAGGAACCCAAGUGUCAGAAGCUUCUGGAACAGGAGUGUGAGAGUGAGCUGGGCCGCCUGCAUGAGGAGAUUCGGACCUUCCUCCGAUGGGAGGAGGAGAGCUGCCGAGGGCCGAGGGAGGAGCAGGACAAUGAGGAGCAGGACAUUGCCCAAGACCCCGACUCGGGCUCCUCCUGUGGGACCCACCAGCCAGGCCCAUCUCCUCUCCGAGAGGCGGGGGGCACAAGCUGCAGCAGCGAGGGAGGGGGGAGCAGCCUCUCACUGACCACCCACAUCUCCACUGGCCAUGGGCUCCAGGACAGGGAGGAGGAUCUCACCACCAUCUUGUGAGGGCGUUUCCCCACCCCCCCCCCGACUCUCUAUCUCUGUCUGUCUCUCUCUCUGUCUCUCUCUCUGUCUCUCUCUCUGUCUCUCUCUCUGUCUCUCUCUCUGUCUCUCUCUGUCUCUCUCUGACCCUCUCU